CUUAAACUCCAUCACACAGACAUUCCCGAUGAAUCCAUGAGGCAGGAAUAACCUCCCGUGAAGACUUGUUAGUGAUCAAUCUUAUUUUUGUAUCCAUCCGAACUUGAUAUUCAAGUGGACAUCCCGGUUUUUUUUCGUUGUCUUUUAUUUGCACUGGCCAUCCAAGCAUAGCCGCAUUCCGUUAUUUUUUGUAUUUACGCGAGAUCGUGACGUUUCUUUUACUUAAAAAGUUGGUUCGCGUUUUUUGCGCAUCGUUUCGACAAAGUCGCGGAUUCGUCUUGUUUCUAGUGUUGAAUCAGAUAUAAAGUAGUUAAAAUGACAGGUGUGACUUCUUUGGACGCGGUUAAGAGAAAAAUCCAGACUUUGCAGCAGCAGGCGGAUGACGCGGAGGACCGGGCGUUAGCUUUACAGCGCGACCUGGACAACGAACGGGAACUGCGGGAGAAAGCUGAGGGCGAUGUGGCGGCCCUGAACCGCAGAAUUCAGCUGGUGGAGGAGGAACUGGACCGGGCUCAGGAGAGACUGGGCACCGCACUUCAGAAACUGGAAGAAGCAGAGAAGGCAGCGGACGAGAGCGAGAGAGGUAUGAAGGUCAUUGAGAACCGUGCCAUGAAGGACGAGGAGAAGAUGGAGAUCCAGGAAAUGCAGUUGAAGGAAGCCAAGCACAUCGCCGAGGAGGCGGACCGCAAAUACGAAGAGGUCGCCCGUAAACUGGUGAUUCUGGAGGGAGAGCUGGAACGGACCGAGGAGAGAGCAGAAGUUGCUGAAUGCAAAGCUAGCGAAAUGGAAGAGGAGUUAAAAAAUGUUACUAACGCUCUUAAAUCUUUGGAGGCUCAGGCAGAAAAAUACUCAGAAAAAGAAGACAAAUAUGAAGAGGAGAUCAAGGUUCUUAGUGAUAAGCUGAAGGAGGCCGAGACCCGUGCCGAGUUCGCAGAGAGAACAGUGACCAAACUGGAAAAAUCCAUUGAUGACUUGGAAGAAAAUUUAUCAUCUGCUAAAGAAGAAAACCUUGGAAUGCAUAAGGUGCUGGACCAGACGCUUCAGGAUCUCAACAGUUUAUAGGAGAUGACGACAGAGGCACGACGUUCAUUUUACAACAUUCCACAAAUACUUACGUCAUUCCCGUUUUUUAGCAGAAUACUCAUGUUAUUUUCGGUCCGAGGUAUUUUGUUUGUAGCUUAAUUGCCGUCCUGAGCUCGAAAUUGUUUCCAAACCUUCAAAAAUACAAACAGAGACGUUGCUGUUGGGGUGCUAUAACUUGAUUUAUCUUCAGAAAGUACAUUAUAAGUGUUUUAACAAAUGCUACACAACAUGGAAGUCGUGUACGUGAAAAAGAAAUACUUCAUCAUUAAUCCCGCAUUUCUGAUAUGAAUACCGGUCUAAUGAAGACGUUUAUACUGUACAUGUAUUAUGUGUGUUUAUCAUGCCACCUACUGGCCACACGAUGUACUGCAGUUUAAUAUUCGAUCUAUUUGGUUUUGUUGAAAUGACAUUAAGUUUUGUAUGACCUUUAUUUGUUUAAAUUGAAUAUUUUAUUUGAAAAGAAAACUACAGUUGUGUUCUGGAAAUGGUUACUAUUAUCCAUUGAUAAAAAGCAUAGUAUGACCAUCA